AUGUCUCUUUCAAUAGACUGCAAGGAGAAAUUCCUAAUGGAGGAUCAUUUGGAAACUACUCAAAUAAUUCAUUUGAGGGGAAUGGAGCAUUUGUGGUACUGCAAAUGUGGAGACAAUUUUCAUACCAAGCUUCAUCAAGCUACUGAUGGAUUCGGCGAUAGCAGAUUACUUGGUAGCGGAAGUUAUGCUUCAGUCUAUCAAGGGACUCUACUAGAUGGAAUGACAUUUGCUGUAAAAGUCUUCAAGUUAGAGCUAAAAGGAGCCUUUAAGAGCUUUGAUGUCGAAUGUGAAGUUCUUCGCAACAUCCGUCACCGAAAUUUAACCAAAAUCAUCAGUACGUGCUCUAACAAUCAUGAUUUCAGAGCCUUGGUACUUGAGUUUAUGCCUAAUGGGAGUCUUGACAAAUGGUUGUAUUCCAACAACCAUUUUCUGGAUAUCCUACAAAAGCUGAACAUACUGAUAGAUGUUGCAUCUGCUGUGGAAUAUCUCCACCAUGGUCAUACAACACCAGUGGUUCAUUGCGAUAUAAAGCCUAGCAAUGUCCUAUUAGAUGAAGAUAUGGUUGCAAGUUUGAGCGAUUUCGGAAUCGCGAAACUCUUAUGCAUAGAGGAUUCAAUGAUCCAAACCAGGACCCUUGCAACCUUUGGAUAUAUGGCACCAGAGUAUGGAUCAGAAGGAAUUGUUUCAAUAAAAGGUGAUGUGUAUAGUUUCGGUAUUCUUAUGAUGGAAACUAUCCUGGGAAAGAAGCCGACAGAUGAAAUGUUCAUAGGAGAAAUGAGCUUGAAGAAUUUAGCAGAGGAGUCGAUAGCAUGUAUGCUAGACAAAGUUGGAGACACCAAUUUUCUAAGCACCGCUGAGAAGAAACAUUUGGUGGCCAACCAUUGUGCAUUAUCAAUUUUGCAAGUUGCAUUGGAAUGUUCAGGGGAGAUGCCAGAUGAAAGGCUUGAUAUGAAAGAAGUUGUUUCAAAGCUAGAAAAGAUCAAGGUCAACUUGUUGAACGGUAUUGAAUGAAUUUGAUGAUCAGGCAUACAAGUAUUAUAUGUUCUCUUUGAUAGGUAUUUAGGGUUAUACUUCAACUU